AUGCUGGUCUCCCAGCACAAUGUCUUCUUCAUGAACGAGCUCAUGACGUCGAUUCGGACGGCCAUUGCCGAGGGCAGGCUGGCUGAGGAAGAGAAUAAGUGGCUCGCGCCGGGGCUACGGGCUAGGGAUUUCCACAAGAGGGCGGCAGCGGAGGCGGCGGCGGCGGCGGAAGCGGCUACAGGAGAGGAAAGCGGGGAAACCCAUCACUAAGCUUGGAAUCGGGUGAAUGAUUGAUAUGAUUAAUCGAUUGAUUGAUUUUCGGAGGGGGGAGGGGAGGGCAGUAGAUGAUGACUGAGAUUCCAAGUUCGAUAGGUCCGUUGAUCACGUCAGGAUGGCGGCUGUAGAGGCUUCGCCAGCGGUAGGUUGGGCGGGGGGGGGCGUACUCAUGGUUUGCAUUCCAUAAUUGCUAGGGAUGGGGAGGGGGAGUCUUGACACGGUAGGAGGGAGGGUGAAUAUUGGCUUGUGUAUUUGCGACCACGUACUGCAAGUGCUGCGGAAAUGCUGUACAUGGAACGUAGUGGUACUCGAUUGCUCCCUUAGUCCUUGGGUGUACAAAGGUUUGUUGCGUCCCUUGUACAGGUGCGUCCUGUUUCUGUCUGGCGGCUGCGACUGCUCCGGUCAUGCCACUGCUGAGCGUUCUUACGUGCUUAUUUGUGUGUAAAAAACGGCUAUGGUACGGUGCCCGCUCUACGGUUGUAGACGACUUUUGAUUGGAAAACCAAGGAAGGCGUUUGACCGCUUCGAAAGAAGAUGAGAAAAGCCGGGAGGCUUUCGCCGCUUGGAUUGAUACCCCCCCCCCCACGAGUACAUUUUGGGCCGAAGUGUUGUGUUUGUAGGAGUACCAUGUUAUUUUGCUGGCCACCGGCGGACUCGUUUCGACGCUAAAGAAAUAGCUCUACCCUAAAGGGUUGUCGCUGGGGGGAGGGGGGCACGACUUGUGGUUCAGAUGUUGGAAAAAUCAAAACGAAACUUUUCGUUCUUCGUGGCCAGGACGCAGCAAGCUUCCCCGGCUGCUUUCUCCUUGCCCUUGCUUCUUGAAGGUUAGGUUGGUCAGUUGUUGUUAUUUUUUGACAAUCGAUGUGAUGACUGUUUCUAGUGGGGGCCUCAGCGGAGAGGGAGUGCGCGCGCGCAUGUAUGUGUGUGUGUGCCGCGGGAGCUUAGUGGCGUAUUCACGAAUUUUCAGAACGCCAGUCCUCCAGUGUGGUGCCCCCCGCCGCGUGUCUUGUUUUUACGCCCCCCGCCCCCUCCUCUUGCAUUGUUUGCGGAGGUCACGUUUUACGCAAGCUUUUCUUUGCCUUUGAGACGGCAGCUGUUGUUUUUCUGUACUCCCUUGUCGUUGUGAUAUACUCCAUAUUCAAUAUUCAGCACUGAUAAUGCUGUUGCUGCAGCAACUCGGCAAACGGCCACGAAAUUUUCCAUUUUAGGCAUAAAAUGUAGGCUAGGAUGAGAUAUCUCCAUUUUACCAUCACAUGUAGGUGUAGGUGAUGAGCGAUUCCGUGCAUUCGACAUGUUAUUUAUUUGUUGUACCCGCGGGUGACAAUGCACAUCCAGGGGAGUUCGUCGCGAGAGUAUAUACCUACGGGAAACGUUUUUCGGGUGGGGAGGGUCUAGGUCUGUGCGGUUUUGUUAUGCCGUGUCUCGUACACAGCGUUGCAGAGCGCUUUUGCUUGUAGUCGAAAUAUUGAACUGUACCAGGCUUUUACACUAGGCAAUUAAUUGCACGUUGCAGUUGGGCGAAUGUCAAUGUCGGGUUGUAGUACGCUGGUCUGUACCACUAACCACGCAGUAAGGCUUGGUAUUGUGCAGCGCGAAGAAAGGGCGGCGGGGGUGAAUACGAGACUGAUUCUG